UCGGGCGGCGGCCGCGGCGCUCCGCCUCUGCGGGCCCGCCCCCGGCUCCAUCUUGCUGGCGACCAGGGUCGGGCUGUGACGCUGUGACGCUGCUCCCCCGGGCCAGAAUGUCAUACCCAGGCUAUCCCCCAACAGGCUACCCACCUUUCCCUGGAUAUCCUCCUGCAGGUCAGGAGUCCUCUUUCCCCCCUCCGGGUCAGUAUCCUUAUCCUAGUGGCUUUCCUUCAAUGGGAGGAGGUACCUACCCACCAGCCCCAAGUAGUGGCUACCCCGGAGCUGGUGGCUAUCCAGCCCCCGGAGGCUAUCCAGCCCCAGGAGGUUAUCCUGGUGCCCCACCACCAGGGGGCGCUCCAUCCUAUCCUGGAGUUCCUCCAGGCCAAGGAUUUGGAGCCCCACCAGGUGGAGCAGCCUUUUCUGGCUAUCCACAACCACCCUCACAGUCUUAUGGCGGUGGCCCAACACAGGUCCCACUACCUGGUGGCUUUCCUGGAGGACAGAUGCCAUCUCAGUAUCCUGGAGGACAAGUUCCUUACCCAAGUCAGAUCAAUACAGAAUCCUUUCCUUCCUAUCCUGUUUUCUCUCCUGUUUCUUUGGAUUUUAACAGUGAACCUGCCGCAAUGACUCAGGGAACCCAAGGAACGAUCCGACCAGCUGCCAACUUUGAUGCCAUGAGAGAUGCAGAAAUUCUUCGGAAAGCAAUGAAAGGUUUUGGGACAGAUGAACAGGCAAUUGUGGACGUUGUGGCCAACCGUUCCAAUGAUCAGAGGCAAAAAAUUAAAGCAGCUUUUAAGACCAUGUAUGGCAAGGAUUUAAUCAAAGACCUUAAAUCAGAGUUAAGUGGAAAUAUGGAAGAACUGAUCCUUGCCCUAUUCAUGCCAUCUACAUAUUAUGAUGCCUGGAGUUUACGGAAUGCAAUGAAGGGAGCAGGAACUCAGGAACGUGUAUUGAUUGAAAUUUUGUGCACAAGAACAAAUCAGGAAAUCCGAGAGAUUGUCAGAUGUUAUCAAUCAGAAUUUGGACGAGACCUUGAAAAGGACAUUAGGUCAGACACAUCAGGGCAUUUUGAACGUUUACUUGUAUCCAUGUGCCAGGGAAAUCGUGAUGAGAACCAAAAUGUUAACCACCAGUUGGCUCAGGAAGAUGCUCAACGUCUCUAUCAAGCUGGUGAGGGGAGACUUGGGACAGAUGAAUCUUGCUUUAACAUGAUUCUUGCCACAAGAAGCUUUCCUCAGCUGAAAGCUACUGUGGAGGCUUAUUCCAGGGUGGCUAAUCGAGAUUUGCUAAGUAGUGUUGCCCGUGAAUUUUCUGGAAAUGUUGAAAGUGGUUUAAAGACUAUCUUGCAAUGUGCCCUCAACCGCCCCGCCUUCUUUGCUGAGAGGCUCUACUAUUCUAUGAAAGGUGCUGGCACAGAUGACUCCACCCUGGUCAGGAUUGUGGUCACUCGAAGUGAGAUUGAUCUUGUACAAAUAAAACAGACGUUCAGUCAGAUGUAUCAGAAGACCCUGGGCACAAUGAUUGCAAGUGACACAAGUGGAGAUUACCGAAAGCUUCUUCUGGCUAUCGUGGGCCAGUAGGAGAGAUUUUCUAAAUAAAUGAAGCAUAUCCUUCAAUGACUUAUCUGCAUGCAGCAAUAUCAACCAUCACCUAACCAAAAGAGCUUUUUACUAAGGACUGUGUCAGGGUAUUGUGCUUGGUUUGCACAUGUGGUUAUUGCCUUAAUUCUUUUUUUUUUUUUUUCCUCUACAAUCAAUGUGAAGCCAUAUCACAAUGAUGGUAGUAAUAAUGCAAUGUUUAUAAGGCAUAAUUUUCACUGUUCUUAUUCUAAUCAGAAUCCCAAAUUAAAUAAAAAUCACAAAAAAAUAAAUAUCACAACAAUCUCUAGUUCUGUGUAAUAAAGCUGAAUAAAAGAAAAAGUUGCUGAAAA